CUGAAGCCUUCAAAGACACCAAGACGCAGAACAGAAACAUCCAAGUGAAUCCGACCAGAGCAGAGCAGAGAGGAGGCGUCUGAUCCGCUGGAAACGACAGCGUCAGGUCUGCAGCUGUUACCGGACUCAUUCAUCAGGUGCUUCCUAAUGUCUGCAGGAAAAGAACCGACUGGAUGAGACACUUUUGUCCUAGAAUGAAAUAAAAGUCUAAAGUUUAAAUGAGAAAGGUGAAGAAAAAGAGGCUGAGAUGAGUUCCCUUCUAGAAAAUGACCGGAACAAGUUGGAUUCAGACGAAGACGCCGACGUGACGUCCGAACCGAACCCAGGAGACGUCAGGGUUAAAGACCUGAAGACGAGUCCAAGGCCGAAAACGCUUAUCAGUCCUUUGGACCUGAUCCGAGAAGACCUGGGCCACUUCAGAGACGACCUGGUCAACAUGUUCAAAGACCGAGACGGGAAGACCGCCAACACCCUGAGCCUCCUCAAAGACGACUUCAACAGCUUCAAAGACGACUUCAACAGCGUCUUCAGAAAAAACCUCCCAAAGGAGAAGGUGAAGGAAGACCCACCGAACACCGUCAGAACCAAAGUCCCAGACCUGGACCGACUGGACGAGCACUUGAAGAGUCCGUUCAGAGACCAGAGGCUUUUAAAGAGUUUUCAAAGAGAUGAAACCAAAAAGAAAGUUUCAAUGAAAACUGAAGAAGAGCUGGACGAUGAGUUUACAGCAGAUGUUUCACAGCAGAACCGUGAGACGGUCCACGAAAAACUGGACGGAAACGUGAAAAAUGAUGAAAGUGACUCAAAGACCUGCAUCUCUGAAACACUGGACAUUGAAGAGAUGAUAUUUUCAUUGCAAAAAGCUCAACUGAGAUAUGAGAGAGAAGAAAGAAACGUUUUGUGUCGGAUAUCAGAAGACGAACCGAUAACUGAGGAGGACGUUAACAUCUCCAGUUUUCCGUUAAUGUCUCUGUCCACUGGGAUCAAACUGCUCAGUCUGAGAGAAGCUGAUAAACAUGAAAAGACAAAUCAACCACAAGGAGACAUGUGGUCGAUUAAAAACUUUGCUGGAUAUUUGACCCUUGACCCCAACACAGCCAAUUCAGAGCUACAGCUGACCAACUGCAACCGAACGGCGACUCGAGUCUGGUUGGACCGCCGACCCUCGGACCACCCAGACCGGUUUGAGUGCUGCCCUCAGCUCCUGUGCAGGGAGGGGCUUCUGGACAACUUCUACUGGGAGGCGACGUGGAGCGGUGGCGCUGACAUCGGAGUCACCUACAACAGCAUCUCCAGAGUCGGAGACGCCAUGAGCUGCCUGCUGGGACACAACCGACACUCGUGGACUUUGGAAUGCAGUGAGGGAAGCUACACACCGUGUCACAAUAACCGCCGGUUCAAGUCCUACUCGCCUCGGCCGUUCACCCACAGAGUCGGGGUUUUUCUGGACUGGGCCGCCGGGUCGCUGUCCUUCUACAGCGUCUCUCGGGACAACAUGGUCCACAUCCACACCUUCCACUCCACCUUCACCGAGCCACUGUACCCAGGGUUCUGGGUUUGGGCAUACGAGGGUUCGGUGUCGCUGUGUCAGGUGGAGUUGGACUGGGAACGACUGCUGCAGUGAAAGACCCAGGUCCGUGGAGAUCCACCAGAAGAUCCACCAGAAGGUCUUCAAACCAAGUUUUACUGGUGUAUAUUAAAAGUCUGGCUUUAACAGACUAACAUCACAUCCUGCUCCACCAGUUGAAUAGUGUCUCAGAUCAGACUCCUUAUGGAAUGUUUGGGUCGUUUGUGUUUGUUUUUACAGAUUCAGCAACAAAACAAUCAUGAAGGCAACAUAAACAAGCACGAAGCGAACAGGAAGUGUUCCAACUAAAUGAAGUACAGUCCAGGUUACCUUAAACCACAUGUUAACAGGAUUUAUACAGUUAUUACUGUAUAUCAUAUCGACUGCAGAUCCAACCUCAACCUCCAGUCUUUCAAAUCAUUUUCAGACUGAUCUCAUGAAACGGCGUUAUAUGUCACACCAGUUCUUAUGGCAUUUGCCGUGCUAUACAUACGCAUUUUCGACAUUUCACGUGUUAUUUAAUGCCAUUUGAUCGCGUGUCAAUUUACGUCAAGAGCUCCGGUUCACAUAACCCUAACCCUCAGUGCGUGGUGCUGGAUGGAUCCGUUCAGGUUGGACAUGGGGGCUCAAAACGGCGUGAACAUAGACAGUGGAAAGUUUGUGAUGUGUUCAGAUCACACGCUAAUGAAAAGUGGUGUGUACAUUAACACGAGUUGUGAUAUCAUGUUGUCAUGCUGAUUUGAAACAGCUAAGACUGAUUUUACCGACAGACUGAUCAAUGCACAAAUGUUCCUGCGCCUAAAAAGAACCAACGCUGAAGGUACAUCUUCAAAAUAUGCUUUCACAGCCCAAAAAUAAAAGUGAUAUCAUAGAAAACGAGAAAAGCAAUCGAAGAGCAAAGACCUCUGCCAAGGCAGAUCAGCCCCCCCCCCCCCCUUCACUGAUCACCACCAAAAUUUCAUCAUUUGUUCCUUGUGCCAGUAUCAACACUUCUUGAAAAUUUCAUCCAAAU